GCCGGAAGUUCCUUUUCAAGAAUACCUGGCUGUUCCUGCAGCUCAGUUUUCCAUCUUCCCGCGCGGCACUGGCAACAACAUGCUUCUGAUUCAGCCCGUCCAUUUAGCUGUAAAAAUACAUUAAUCAGUACUACCUGGCAUCCUCCUGAGCAAGACUUCAUUAGGGCCCAGUAUGCUUCACUUCAUCCAGAAGUUUUUUCAAGCAUCUUCAAAGAUGCUGAAGUACCCGUUCAGAGUCGGUCUAGGAGCUAGCAGGAGAACACAAACACUUUCUCUCAAGACAUGUCUCCAGCAGAACUUUUCACCUGUGUUUCUAAGGCCUUGGCCCUUCUCAUCCUUUCUAGUGUGUAUGAGCAAGACACAAUAUUACCAUACUUCUCCAUGCACCUUUAAGAAGCAGCCAGUACUUCCAGCCAGGCCACCAAAAACUAUCAUGUACCUGCCUGACAGCCCAAAGCCAGCAAUCUAUGUAUCUUUGGCGGGACUAAUCCCCUUCUUUGCACCACCAUUGAUCAUGGUGAUGGCAGAGACUUAUAUCCCUGCAUUAGCUUUUACUCAGAUGGCUUAUGGAGCCAGUUUCCUAUCUUUCUUGGGAGGGAUCAGAUGGGGUUUUGCUCUUCCUGAAGGUAGUCCAGCCAAAUCAGACUUCCUCAAUUUAGCUAGUAGUACAGCUCCUGUUGUGUUUUCAUGGCUUGCCUUCCUUAUUUCUGAAAGGCUCAGUGAAGCUAUAGUCACAGUAAUAAUAGGUUUAGGGAUAGCAUUACAUACUGAACUUUUUCUCUUGCCACAUUAUCCCAAUUGGUUCAAAGCCCUAAGGAUAGUAGGCACUUUAGUUGCCUUUUUAUCAUUUGUAAUCACUUUACUACUUAAAGAUAUUUAUCCAGAGAAAGGACCCAAGAGACCUGGUCAAGUAGAGUAAGUAUAAAACUACCCUGUAGAUGACGUUAGCAUGUUAGUUACAAACCUUGUAAGGUUUUGCAUCUCCUUUUUCUUCUACUACUGUUUAAUUCUGUUUCCCACCAAUGAUAAUUUAGUCACAUUUUUUUCGUUUCUAGAAAUCUUUAUUUCAUAGGAAUUAUAUGAUCAACAGCUUGAAAAUCCCUAACAAGUCCUUUUCAUGUCAUAUUAGGUUACAGUUCUCAUUCAGUGUUAUGAAUUAUAUAAGAUUCAUACAUUUCAAUGUUUUAAUUUGAAAAAUGUAAAAUAAAAAAAGAUGAAAAAUCCCUUUUGCUAGAGACUGUGAUCACUGAAGAAAAACACAUAUUCUCCCAUUUCGGGAGAAUAACUUCAGUCCAUGAAUGUCUGAAAGUAAUAAGCUGUUCCAGGGCAGAGUUUUCAUUUAAGUUGCCCCUGGUAAUUGCAUUUGCAAGUUCAUUUUACCUGGUAUAACUUAGUUAUAUGAGCUGAAAGGAUCUUUGGCUCUAAAGUCAUUUGGGAGUAUUAUCACAAGGGGAAGUAACUUUUGAAGAGAAACUGGACACAUAUUUUAGUUUUUAUCAGGAUAUUUGGCAGAGUAUAGAUGCAACUUAUCAACAAAAAGAACACCACUGAGUCAAAAUUAUUUAAAAGAAUAAAGCCACUAAUGCAUAAAGUUAGGAAAAGUCAAGCUGGAGCCAUCCUGAUAUUCUAAUGAAAGGGGCUAACUGGCUUUACAUGUUUUGUUUUUCUACUUUAUUUUUUUAAAUUGUUUAUUCUAUUACAGUUAUCCCAAUCUUUUUCCCUUUGGCACCCCCUCCAUCCAGCCUACCCAUCUCUUCCACAGUCAGUCCCCUUUCCAUUGUCCAUGUCCAUGAGUCAUUCAGACAUGUUCUUUGACUAAUCCCUUCCCAUUCCUUCCACCAUUC